GCUGGGGUGGUGAUAACAAUUUAUGAGCAUGUCACACCCGUUUCGAUCAUUUUUAAAGAUUGGGCAAAAUAAUGCAAGGUGGUGCAUUUUUGAAAUCUGUGUCGUUAUUUCCAAUAAUGAUGCAUUAACAGGCUGAAGUGGUGUUAAACGUUUGAUUAUAUGUAUAUAUAUUUAUUUAUGUAUACACGAAUAAAAGGAAAAACAACGCAAUGAGGUACGAACUUCAUCUAACACUUUUGAACGUCUGCGUUCAUCUCGUUACGUCAUCACCGGGUGCGUUUAACGUGACGGAGAUAGCCAUUAUGGCGUUCGUGCAAUCAGCAAUGUGCGAUAAUUACAUAUCGUGCGGAAAAGAGAUCAACGAAACAAACAGUGAGCUUGUUCAUACAUUUGUUAACGGCUUGCAGUUCCAUUGGCCGGAAAUUCCACCCGCGCAAUGCUGCAGAGAAUGUUCUUGUGACGUCGCUUCCUGUGCCAAAAAGGGAACGUGUUGCCCGAAUAUUUUAGACCAAGUAAAUUUGGAAGAUGCAAACUAUUUUUCAUGUGAGAUGGCCCAGAUGCGAAAAGAAGGCAGAUUUUUCCGAGCCGAGAACCACUUUUACAUGCGUUCAAAGUGCCAUCCUUACUAUGCGAAAACUGGAUCCAGCUUAGAAGUUAUUUCUUUGUGUGAAAUCAGGACGGAAAACAAGUUGGAGAUUCAUGUUCCCGUCCUUGACACUAUAACAAAUGUCACGUACGCAAACAAAUAUUGUGCGCAAUGUAAUUUAGUGACUGACACAGAUGGCACCUUCCCAGCCAACGGUGGUAAUUUAGUAUAUUGGGAUUCCAGUGUACAGUGCACAGACGCCAACGAAGCGUCCUCUAUUUUGGCAGCGUCUAACCACAACCAGGGCUUUAUAAAAGCCAUCUUGCUGACAAAGACAUGCAAUGUUAUAUUCAAACCGAAACCAGUCUACGAAGUGCAUACAUCUUCAUGCCUUGGUGCCGAAAUCGACAGAUGCAAUGCCACUGGAAACAUAAUUACAUAUGACCCUUGGUUAGAAAAGGCAUGCGGAGCUUAUACGUCUACUUUUAACGUAAAAUUUAAGAAUGUGUUCUGUUUUCUGUGCAACACCUUCAUCAUAGAUUUAAACUAUUGCUCUACUAUUCCUGCUCAUGAUAGUCAUCAUAUAUUUCCCGAGUUUUCCUCGUUGUUAGCGUUCACACCAGAUAUAAGGAAACCGCCCACUUCCAAGCCGACCGGCUGCUCGUCUGAACAGGUUUUCGACGAACAUGAGGAAACCUGCCGAGACAUAUUCUGUCGCUUUCCAAAGCGAUUCAAUGGCAGCGAAUGUGUGAACGCAGUGGACACGCUUGAUGGGGUGUCAUUUAAAUUAUAUCUAAAAUUCACACCCCAAACACCAUUUGGUAUUAGCCUUCUUGGAGAAUUUGUGGUUUUGCUAGAAAGCAAGGUUACAGAAAUGUUACAGAUUUGGGAACUGUAUGACGCUGUAUACAGUUUUAAAAUACUCUACAAUUUAAAUGAGAACAUUCUCGCUCCAUCUGUAUUAUCAAUUGCACAUACAUUUCCACCUGAUACACUUACAUUCCCACCUGAUGUACCCACAUUCCGAUCUGAUGUUCCCACAUUUCAAACUGAUGUAUUGAAAUUUCCAUCUAAUGUACCCACAUUUCCAGCUGAUGUGCCCACAUUUCCAAAUGAUGUACCUAAAUUGCCAUUUGAUGUACCCCCAUUUCCACCUGAUGUUCCUACAUUCCCACUUGAUGUACCCACAUUCCCAUCUGAUGUUCCCACAUUUCAACCGGAUGUAUUGAAAUUUCUAUCUAAUCCACCCACAUUUCCAGCUGAUGUACCCACAUUUCCAAAUGAUGUACCUAAAUUGCCAUUUGAUGUACCCCCAUUUCCACCUGAUGUUCCUACAUUUUCACCUGAUGUAUCCACAUUUCCACCUGAUCUUCCCAUAUUUUCACUUGAUAAAACCACAUUUCCACCUGAUUUACCUACAGUUCAACCUGAUGCCCCAACAUUAACACCUGAUGAAACCACAUUUCCACCUGAUGUUGCUACAUUUACACCAGCUCUAUCUUCAUUUCCGUCUGAUGUAUCUACAUGUCAACCUGAUGUACCCAGAAUUCCGAUUGAUGUAUCAACAUUGCUACCAACAAUGUAUACACCUCUACCCAGCACUGCUCCUCAACCAAAUCGUAUGCCUGGUUCAGUACCAACUAUUAAGGGCAAUGAAAGGACAUCUACGGUAGCGGCAUCUCCAGAAACAAUCGAAUAUUUUCUUGUGAGGAUAGAAAUGAAUUUACAGAAAAAAAAUUCAAACCCAAAGAACAGCGUUACCUUAUUGGACAAGGCCCUUGAGUUUGACGAAACAAGCAUGGCUAUAGCAUCAACAUCAUCCCGUUUUAAUGUUACAUUCAAUUUUGAAUUCGUAGAUUUCUACAUAUCAGACGACUCAAAUGAAUUCGAAAUCAAGAUGUUCGAUCCAGUUUCUGGCAUACUCUUGAGUGAAGCUUUACCUUUAUUUAAUUCUCCAUUAGUCAAAGCCACGACCACCAGUACUGUUCUCACUGCGAGAUUCAAAUGCCCACUCGUAGUUUUAAAUUUAACUGAAAUAAAUCCCAUUGAAAAUAACGCAUUUAGACUCAAAAACGGCGCAAUGAUUGAUCGUAAAUACGUUAAUUACGGAAAACACAUGAUAACCAACGAAACGUUUGAAGUAUGUUGGGAAAUUUAUAAAACAUAUUUUAACGGUAGUAAGACUAGACAAACUGAUCGUUCAACAGAUCGCAAACCCGUGACUGCGACAGGCAUACUGAGUCUUGCAUGCAUGAUCAUCUCAGUUACGUGUCUGUUGAUUACCUUGUUAACCUAUUUCUUGUUCAAUGAACUACGCACACAGCCAGGAAUUAACAACAUGGGUCUAACGAUCAGUCUGAUAAUCGCGCAGGUUUUAUUCCAGUUUGGCAAAGAACAACAUGCUAAUGUUCCUUCUUGGGCAUGUGAGUUCAUCGGGGCGCUCGUGCAUUUCUUCUGGCUUCUCGUAAUCUUCUGGAUGAAUGUCUGUUGCUGGCACAUGUUCCGUGCGUUCACCAACAUGCAAGCUAUUCCAUUCAAACAAAGCUACGUUUGGAAAACAUGUGUAUACACUGUAUACGCAUUUGUCGGAUCUCUGCUGUUUGUAGCAAUCAACAUUACUGUGACCGUCGUCAAUACAAACAAUGCCGAUGUAGGUUAUGGAGAUGGCAAUUGUUACAUUUCUAUGCUGGAAAUGGUGGGAUAUACCUUUUCUCUCCCCGUUCUUCUUAUAAUUCUAUCGAAUCUUGCCAUGUUUUGCAUAGUAAUUUUCAAGAUUAAAAGGAACCCCGCUGUUCAAAGUUCGGCCGAAUCAAAACGCAAUUAUUUGACAAUAUUUGCAAAGCUUUCCACGUUGACCGGCCUUUCUUGGAUUUUUGGCUUCAUCUACACGUAUACGGAGAUUUCAGUUUUUGUUUAUUUGUUCAUCAUUUUAUCUAAUGGGCAAGGCGUUUUAAUAUUCAUUUCGUUUGUUUGCAGCAAGCGUGUGUAUAACUUAUACAAAAUGAAAUUAUGUGCCCAAACAUCGGAGAGGAAGAAAACGCCCCAGUCGUCAAUAUCUAUGACACUAACGGAGGGGAGUUCUACUUUUUCGUCAAUAUCUAGAACACAAACAGAAAUCGAUGUAUAGAUGAAACUGUACAUAAACGUUAUGUUUAAUGUCAAAAGUGCAAUACCGAUUAAUUGGUGUGUUGUAUCUGAACUUUCAUAAAAUGAUACUGUGUAAAAACAAUCUAAAACCGUUUAAAGAAACAUUUUACAUUUGGUUUGUAUGAAAGUAAUAGAUUGCUGAUGGAAAUGAACCUGUUAUAUAUGGCCAUAUGAGAAAACAAAAGAAACUACAUUGUUACAUAUUCAUGUGUAAAACAUCGCAAUUACCAUAAGGAAACGGAAAUAAAGUAUUUGGAAUAAAGAUUGAAAGUAUUGCAGAAAAAAUGCUGUUGCAUUUUUUAAACUGUCGAUUUAAUUGUACAGCUAUGUAUUGAACGUGAAUUGUGUUAUGAAGUUCAUUUCAUCCUCUUUAUUCUUUUUUCUUUUUUUCUUCUGUUUUUGUUGAGGUUAUAUUUAAUUUGUGCUCACGCCACUUUGUGAGCUAAGUAACUUAUUUGUAAAUAUGUAUAAAACUUUGUUCCUACCGUUGUUGACGGUGAAUAUUGUACAAGUCAAAAUAAACUGUAUGUCCUGUC